UUUACACACACUUCACAGGUUGCAGCCGCAGCCGCUUCCAGCUGCUGCAGGGCUCACCGAACAGGCCCACCCGGCCGGCGGCCGGCGCGACCUCCGGCGACCCUCCACGCCGUUCCCGAUGCCUCUUCCGCCGCGCCGGCCCCUCGCGGGCCAACCUAAUGCCACUCCCGCCACCUCAGAUUCGGGCAUGGUGAAGCUCCUCGCCGACAUCCUCCACCACACCGCGCCAUCCACCUGGCCGUCCGCCCUCGCCGCGCCGCUGCUCCGCCAACGCCUCGCCCCCGCGCACGUCUCUUCCCUCCUCGUCCUCCCGGCCUCUCUCCGCCGGCCCGACCUUUCCCGCCGGUUUCUCCUCCUGUUGCCUUCCCACCUCGUCUCCCCGGUGUCGCUCUCCCUGCUCGCCCUCUCCUUCCUCUCCUCGUCCCCUUCGUCCCCGGCAUCCUCCCCGCACGCCGCAUCCCUGCUCCUCUCCCUCGUGUCAUCCACACCUUCCGCGUCAUCCUCAUUUUCGUCUCUCUCACACGCUAAUACACUCGCCACCUUCCGACCUGGCGCCGCCACCGCCGCCGUCACGCUUCUUGCGUCCUCGUACCUCCGGCUCCGCCGCGCCCGCGACGCUGCCGACGUCCUCCGCCUAUCCCUCUCGUCUGGCAUUGCGAUGAAGCAAUACACCGCUUCGCAGAUAUUAUUUGCUCUCAUUAAGAUCCGGCAGUUUGCUCUUGCCCGCGACCUGUUUGAUGAAAUGGUUCAAUGCAAAUUUCCCUUGGACGAAUAUGUUUACACUGCUGGAAUUCGGGCCUACUGUGAGAUAAGGAAUUUGGAUGGUGCAAGGGGACUGUUGACAAGGAUGGAAAGCAAGGGUGUCAAGGGCAGUGCUGUGCCAUACAAUGUGUUGAUGUAUGGUCUCUGCAGAAACAAUCGUGUCCUUGAGGCAGUGGAGGUGAAGAACAGCAUGGUGGAGAGAGGAAUUGUCGCUGAUGAAGUUACAUACCGUACUCUGGUUUAUGGGUUUUGUCGGACUGAGGAACUUGAAAUGGCAUUGGAAAUGACUGAUGACAUGCUUAGUCUGCACUUUGUGCCAUCAGUGGCCAGUUGCUCGUUUAUGGUUGAUGGGCUACGAAAGAGAGGGCACAUCGACAAGGCAUUCAGGUUAGCUUGUCACUUGGGUGAGUUGGGCAUGGUGCCAAACCUGUUUGCAUGUAAUGCAUUGAUUGAUAAACUGUGCAAGGACAGAAGAUUUAGGGAGGCAGAAAGGCUCUUCAGAGGGAUGGCAAACAGGGGUCUAGAGCCAAACGAGGUGACCUAUGCUAUACUGAUACAUUCCCUGUGUAAGAGGGGAAUGAUGGAUGACGCACUUUGCAUGUUUGAUAGGAUGAGGGAGAAGGGAAUCAGAGUGACAGUUUAUCCAUACAACUCUUUAAUUAAUGGUUACUGCCAACAUGACAAUUUUCACCAGGCAAGAGGUCUUCUGAACGAGAUGGUUGAGAAGGGAUUGGCACCAAGUGCGGCAUCAUAUUCUCCCCUUAUAGCUGGUCUAUGUCGGAAAGGGGAUCUGGCCAGUGCAAUGGAGCUCCACAGGGAGAUGGCCAGGAAUGGUGUUUCAGGGAAUGUAUAUACAUUUACAACGCUUAUCAGUGGUUUCUGCAAGGACGGAAAUAUGGAUGAAGCAGCUAGGUUGUUUGAUAAGAUGAUAGACAGUUCUGUAGUACCAAAUGAAGUGACUUUUAAUGUUAUGAUUGAAGGGUAUUGCCGUGUAGGCAAUGUUAGGAAGGCAUUCCAGUUAUAUGAUCAGAUGGUAGAUAGGGGCCUAACACCUGACAAUUACACUUACAGGUCACUGAUAAGUGUACUUUGUUUGACACUAGGUGCCAUGAAAGCUAAGGAAUUUGUUGAUGAUCUAGAAAACAAUUGUGUUGUACUAAAUAGUUUUAGCCUUACAACACUUAUGUAUGGAUUCUGCAAAGAAGGAAGGUUAACUGAAACGUACCAUAUUUGGGAUGAGAUGAGAGCGCGGGGAGUCAAGCUUGAUCUUAUCAGUUUUACUGUAAUUGUAUAUGCAGCUCUGAAACUGCAUGACGGGGAGAAAAUAAGUGUGUUAUUUAGGGAAAUGAAAGAAAAAGGUGUGAAGCCAGACAAUGUGUUCCAUACAUGCAUGAUUGAUGUGCACUCGAAGGAAGAAAAUAUAGUUCAAGCUUUAAACUGCUGGGAUAAGAUGAUAGCUGACGGAUGCUCUCCAAAUGUUGUCACAUAUACGGUUUUAAUUAAUCAUCUAUGCAAGUCUGGAUAUUUGAGUAGCGCACAGAUCCUUUGUGAAGAAAUGUUAGUUGGGCGCUUCCUUCCUAAUAGCUUUACUUAUAAUUGCUUUCUUGAUUUUCUAGCAAAUGAAGGAGAGCUGGAAAAGGCUAAAGUUCUACACGCAACCAUCCUUGAAGGCUGUUUAGCUAACACAGUGACAUUUAACACAUUGAUCAAAGGGUUCUGUAAGGCUGGGCAGAUCCAAGGGGCAAUUGACCUUAUGCAGAACAAUACUGAGAGUGGUUUCUUUCCUGAUUGCAUCAGUUAUUCUACAAUAAUAAAUGAGCUCUGUAAGGUUGGUGACAUCAAUAAAGCAUUUCAGCUUUGGAAUGAAAUGUUAUACAAGGGACUGAAACCUGAUAUCGUGGCAUACAAUAUUUUGAUUCGCUGGUGCAAUAUUCAUGGUGAAUUUGAUAAGGGCUUAGGAAUUUACAGUGAUAUGGUUAAAAAUGGUGUGCAACCAAACUGGGACACAUAUAGAGCUCUUUUCUUAGGAGCUUCUUCGAUGACCACAAAGGGAAAAACUUUACUAUUGACCACCUAAUUAGGGCAAUAUUUGUUCUCAUCUACUGGAAUAGGCUGAAUCAAGACGGAUGCCAGAUGCAAAAGUCAAUGUGACCCUGAACUUUUGCUUCAUACACAAGUGGCUAUAAGCCUACAACAUACAUGUGCAUAACUGCAUAUUGGCUUUUUGCUAUGCUUGAGCAGAUGGAUUCCAGUCUUAGGUCAAUUUGAAGUAUGCAGAUGAUACACCAGUCAAUCACAAAGGGUCAGGAAGAAAAGUGAUCGAAAAUAUGCAACAAAUUUAUGCUGGUGAACUUGCAAAUAAAAAUUUUGCAUAUGGUGGUGAUUGGUGAGCUACUUAUACUGGGUAGAGGAAGCUCCUUUUUAGAUAUAUCUGAGUUUGAUGUUGUUUUCUGUUCUCUGAUUUUUCAUAGCGGGUAAUUUGCUUGCUUGGCCAAAAUAAGCUGAUUAGGACAAACUUCAUCUCAAUGAAAUGGAGAAGCCCAUGUUUAAACAUUUAAUUUUAAUACUCAAGUUGGGAUUUAUAUUUUCCACAUUUUUCAACAAAAUUUGAAGGUGCAUUUUGAACAACAUGGUGACACUUAAUAACAUUAGCAUUGCUGCAGUGAUCCAGCUUUUGCUUGAGGCCCUGAGCAUUCCGGUGGGGUAAAAACUAGUUCUUGGAAUCUUGAGUGAUGGCUGAAUUUUUUGGUGCAUUGACAAGAUACUCCCAAUGGAUGAUACAUCCCAGGAUAUGCUCAGCAAGCACAACAAUGGUUUGUGUACCUGCAUGGCAUAUCACUACAUCCUCUGCAUUUUUGCCUGAUUACGCUGUUCAUAGAACGAGACAUCUUGGUCCAUGCAACACUGAAACGCCAAUCUCCGCACAUUUUUACUGUCGCUUGUACAGCUGCUGAACUUCCAGGUUCACAGUGUACCUGUUUCUUCACUGGAAAACAACUUGUCUUGGAACUGAAAACAUGCAACAACACAGUUUCAGGAAUUCUUCUCGAAGCUAACUGCUGGAAGUUCAGAUAAAAAGCAUAAUAAUGGUGACACCUUCAAUAUAUUGGACUUCUUUACGAUUUGUGUUCGUCUAUAAAAGAUGGAGGCUCCAGAAGAUCUCUUCCAUCGUCUGGGUGAAAUUUCUUGACGAAUUGCUUAUAUACUAGCUGUUUGCACCACGAAUUCAUUAGCUCGGACAUGUCAGUUGCCGUGAGUGCAUUAUCUGUACAUUUUGUAGUUACAGGUUGAAAGGACAUGAUCAUUCUGUAAACAUAUACUGUAUAUGCUUUAACCUUACAGCCACGAAAUGAGCAUACAUGGUAAAAUAGGCUAUAAGAAGUACAGAUAAAUUAUUCUCUUUGAAGAACCAAACCAUGUUUCGGCGUUUGGCUAUCUAAGAAUGAGAGAAUAUGGGGUUCAUGGAAA